UUCAAGCCGAUAAAAACUAAUGCAACAAACUACAAUGUGAAAUGCUUCUUUAACGAUAAGAAUGAAGUAGAGAACGCAAAUGAGCAAGAUGAGAGAAAUAAAAAAUGUCCUUGGUUGCUAAAUGCCGCUGUGAGAAAAUCAUCAAAUGGGCAAUUUGUAAUAUGUAGAUAUUGCGGACUUCAUACAUGUUGCAACCCGUCGGUGGAUAUCGAUGAUUAUUCUGCAUCUUCUUCUUAUAUAUGUAAGCUAAUUAUGCCUGAAGUUAGAGCUGAACUUGAUCUGAAUGCAGGUCAGAUAUUUCAGAGGGUAUAUGACAUGCGGGGGAUUAAGAUAUCUAAAUAUAAGGCAUAUGAUGCAAGGAGAAAAGCGUUGUCUAAAAUUUUUGGAGAUUGGGAAAAAUCAUAUGAAUUACUUCCACAGUAUCUUGAAGCUAUCAAACGAAAUAAUCCGGGUACUGAAUACGAAAUAUUAUCCGAAGAGAUUGCACCGGGUAUGGAGAGGUUCACUCGCGUGUUUUGGGCAUUUGGUCCUGCUAUUAAGGGCUUCACUUUUUGUCGUCCGCUAUUGAGCAUUGAUGGUACACAUUUAUAUGGAAAGUAUAAAGGUGUGCUUCUUGUAGCGACCGGUGUAGAUGCAAAUGGCGGGUUAUUUCCUCUAGCAUUUGCAGUCGUGGAGGUGGAGGAUACGUCUAGUUGGAAGUGGUUUUUUGAACUUAUAUACAAGUGGAUUCCAAGUGUCCGUGCGCCAAGAAUAAUUACCUUUAUUUCGGAUAGGAUGAAAGGAAUUAUAAGGGCGUUACAUGAGGGUUUUAGUGCACCACAUCACCAUCGAUAUUGUUUAAGGCAUAUAAGAGAUAAUUUCAAGAAAAAACACGGUGAGAUUAAUUUGCAAAAUCUUUUGUGGCAAGCCGGGUGUGCGACCGACACAUUAGUGUAUGAACAUUGCAGGGAGAAAAUCAAGUCUUUGUCAUUAGAUGCACAUAAUUGGAUUGAAAAUAACUUGAAGCCUCAAUUCGAGCAUCGGUGGGCAUUAUGUAAGGAUGAGGGUGUGCGGUUUUGCAUGAUGACGACUAAUUGCUCCGAGAGCUUUAACGGCGUUCUUAAAGGAGCACGAGCUAUGCCAAUACAAUCUUUGGUUGCGAGAACAUUCUAUAGACUAAACGCAUACUUCAACAAAAGGCGUGGUGAUGGCAUAGACUGGACAACACGUUACACACCAAAAAAUGAGUCCAUUUUGCAUAGAAGAAUUGAGGCAGCAAGAUCAUGUCAAAUUACUGUAUUCAACGACAACGAAUGGCAGGUACAAGAUUGUGACGGUAUCUACACCGUUAAACUAUUUGAUGUUGAUUGCACUUGCACAUGUAACAUACCACAACUCCAAAAAAUACCCUGUGCACAUGUGCUUGCGGCUUCUUCUAAUCAGCCGGGAGGUGCUAGAAUUCCCAGAAAUCGGUAUUGCUCGCCUUGGUAUUCAACAGCUCACUAUCAAAAGACAUAUAGUGAGAGUUUUCAUCCACCUGAUGAUAGUCGGUAUUGGCCUGAAUAUAAUGGACCACAUAUAGUUCCACCUCAGUACCGGAGACAAGCAGGUCGACCACGAUCUGUGCGAAUUAGGGGAACCAUGGAUCAAGGGCGAGAAGGAGUGGUCAAGCACAAAAAAUGUAGUCUUUGCAAACAACCGGGACAUACUCGACCUCGUUGUCCAUCUAGACACAAUAGAUAGCAACUAAUUGGUAAUUUAUAUCAUUUUUUUAUUUUUAUAUACUUUAAUAAAGAAACUGAAUUACUAUAUGAUUGAUUAUUAACAUGUGUAUAAUUAUAUGUGCAGGUUUGUACACCAUGGAUCCUGGGCCGGUUAGUGAUGAGGUCUUAUAUGACCAGGCUCAGCAUCGUUCACAUAUUAUAUCCUGUACAGAGAGAGGUCCGAGUAUCGUUAUGGUUGAUCA